AUGUUCCACGCUCAGAUACAUUUUGAGAGCAAUGUUAGAAAGGAGAAGCAGAACGCGUUCGCAGAGAUAAAAUUUAAUACACCCCAUGUUCGCGAAACCAGCGGUGUUAUUGUAACUCGAACGGAAGGUCAAUUUAUAGAAAGUUUCUCCAUUCGUAAUCCAAUACAAACGGAAGAAUUUUUAAAGCUGGGGAAACAGCGUUACACUACGCCUGCAAAAGCGGAAAUGUCGAGGUGGUUAGGUACUUGGAGCCGAUGUAAACGCUGUAAACAACUGGAGGUUUCUAACUGUACUAUGAGUACAUUAUUGGUAGGGGAAGGUAGAAUGGGUGCGGAAAAGUGGAAUUUGCUGCACCCAAACUUCCUCAAAGACACAGCAUUACUCGUCGCUUGCAGAAACGGAAAUACAGAGUUCAUUAGUUUUCUGGUGAGUCUGGGAGCCGAUGUGAACGCUGCGAACCACAGCGGGGCCACACCUUUAUUUUCGGUUUUGGAAAGUUGCUUUCCCUUCUUUGGACGCUGGUGUUUGUUUGAGACAGUGAAGGCUUUACUUGAGAACGGCGCUGAUGUGAAUGUAAGUUGUGAGGAUGGAGUUAGCUUGAAACAGAAGUUUCUUCGACAUGUGUUAAGAGUUUUCAGUAGUUUAUUUUAUUUGAGCGGAGCGGAAGUUCCUCGUGAAUCGGUAUCACUGGAUUCCAAAAGCAUAAUUGGUGAAGGAGGAGAGGGUACAGUGUAUAAGGGUGGAUUCAACAAAAAGAUUGUUGCCAUGAAGGUUUUAAGAAAAAUGAGAAAGUACAUCACCAACUUAGUGCACUUAGAGCAUCCAAAUCUAGUAAAAUAUUUAAAACUUAAUCUUCCACCUCCACAGGAGCUACCUGACAAAGCUAGUCACCUGAUACGCAGCUGUCUAAGUAGAAGUUCUAAGAAACGACCAACAUUUGAUGAGAUUGCAGCUACGUUAACUGAUUUAGAGGAAUGGGAAAAUCUAGUCACCGGUUGGAAAACCGAUGCAGAAAAAGAGAUGGAGCGAAUGGGGAAAAAGAUUUCUGAGCAGGAGGUUGGUGGUUCAACUGUGGUAGAAUACCGAAUUUUAAUGCCAGAUAGUUCCAAAAGAGAAAUUGGGCCUAAAUCCGUCUGUUUAUUUUAA